AUGGUGUCAAGGAACAUUUUCGCAGAGCCCAUCGACGUCAAGCGGCCGCCCUCCCAAAUCCCGGUUCGAGAGGAUCACCCCGUUCCAAGAAAAGGAAUCUCAGAGAAUGCUCCGCUUCAGACAAACAAGUUCUACUCCAAUUUCUUCUUGGACGACCAGCGAUGCCCGACCUUUACGUUUCCCUACUCGUUGGCCUGGGCUGGAGGAAAGGGCGUGACGGCUAGCUGGGGCAUGGCAUGCUCUCACGUUGAGGCUAGCCAGAGGGUUUUUGGUAAGGAGAAGUUUAACGGUGCUUCAUCUUUCUACCUCAACCCGGUGGGCAUACAUUCUCUGGUUCUUUCUGCCAAGGAGCUUGGAAAAGAAACGACUCUUUCCAUUGACAGCAUGACGGCAUUCUCGGCACGGGUUCACCUCAGCAGAGACGACGACUCUCCACCAGACAUAUCGUUUCCCCUGGUACAGGGAAUGGCGUACAUCACGGCACAGUACAACGGCGCGACCCCCGUCAUUCAAACUGGUGUGUUCUUCAAGACUAUGACUCGGGUGACACGAGACCUCAAGCAAAACCUGGCCAAGUUUACGUUUCAUCUCGAGGAUGGAGCCACUUGGCUGAUGUAUGCUUGGAAUACAAAGGGGCCACCGUUUGAACUAAGGGUUGUCAACAAUGGCCUAGCUGAAUCGAAGAGGCCGUUUUACGGUAUCAUCCAGGUCUGCAAGUGCCCAAAGAACCAGGAUGCUGAGAGCAUCUUGGACGAUGGCGCUGGCAUUUACCCUGUUUCUCUUGAGUUGACAGGUACAGCUCGCGGUUAUGAAGGCAGCUACUCGUUCAAUUUUGAGAUAGACGGGCAUCAGCAUGGCAACCUUUAUAUGUACGCUCUCCCUCAUCAUGUUGACUCCUUCGAUCGGGAGACGGAGAGGCGCAUACAAAAUGAAGCGCAGCUGCAAUCUACCACCAAGGGCCUUGCCACCUUGGUCAAGGGGAAUCACUGGACCAUGAUCGAACCCUCAAUGCCGGUAGACAUGACGUUUGCUCCUUGGGAUCCCGAAAAAGGAAGCGUUGAUAAGCUAUCAGAUCACGCGAAGAAUAUCAUCCACGCGGCGGCUGCGAAGGAAGUCGCACAGAACAUGAUUGCGCAGAGCAAUCUAGAUUCCAUGUACUUUAGCGGAAAGGCCUUGGCCAAGUUUGCAAUCAUUCUCUAUGUGGUUAAGUGGAUGCUGAGAGACGGAGCCCUGGCACAUACUGGCUUGGGGCAGCUCAAGGCGGCGUUUGCCACGUUUGCGGCCAAUGAACAAAAGUUUCCUCUCAUCUACGAAACUGCUUGGGGUGGGAUUGUGUCGUCGGCAAGCUAUGUUACCGGAAACUCUGGUGCCGACUUUGGAAACACGUACUACAAUGACCAUCACUUCCACUACGGUUAUCAUAUCCUCGCCGGUGCAAUCAUUGGCCAUCUCGACUCAGACUGGCUGAAGCAGAACAAGGACUAUAUCAAUGUGCUGGUUCGAGAUGUGGCUAACCCCAGCGCCAAAGACAAGUUGUUUCCCAUGUGGAGGAAUUUUGAUUGGUACCACGGCCACAGCUGGGCUCAUGGUCUCUAUGCUGCUAUGGACGGCAAGGACCAAGAAUCGAGCUCAGAAGAUAUGAUGCACGCCUAUGCCAUCAAGAUGUGGGGCAAGGUCAGCAAGAAUGCUGAUUUGGAGGCAAGGGGUAAUCUGCAGCUCUCCAUCAUCGCACGCAGCCUGCAGAACUAUUACCUGUACAAGAGCGACAACAAGGUACAGCCAAAGCAGUUUAUUGGCAACAAGGUUGCGGGCAUCCUAUUCGAGAACAAGGUGGACCACACGACGUAUUUUGAUCCUAACAUCGAGGCAAUUCAGGGGAUCCACAUGAUCCCUAUCUUGCCCUCGACACCGUUUGUGAGGAACAAGGAUUUCGUCCAGGAAGAAUGGGAUGCCUUUUUCAGCGACGGGCGUAUUGACGACAUUAGCAAUGCUUGGAAGGGCAUCAUUUGGGCCAGCUAUGCGUCGGUAGAGCCAAGGAAGGCAUGGGAAUUCUUUAGCUCACGCUCGUUUAGCCCCCAGUGGCUGGAUGGCGGAGCAUCGCUGACGUGGUUUAUGGCUUAUUCUGCGGGUAAGUCUAGGGUGUCUCUAUCUGUCAGAGCUUUGAAAAUACGAUGCUAA